GCUGAACAGCAUAACCAAGAUGUUAACUCUUUAGGACUCAUUUCCUCUCGUAAGACGUCUGAAGCUGUUGACAUUCUCAAGCUGAUGUCUACCACGUUCCUCGUAGCGAUUUGUCAAGCUGUUGAUUUGAGACAUCUUGAGGAGAAUCUGAGACAGACCGUGAAGAACACUGUUUCUCAAGUGGCUAAGAAAGUGUUGACCACUGGAGUCAACGGGGAGUUGCAUCCAUCCCGGUUCUGUGAGAAAGACUUGCUUAAGGUCGUUGAUCGUGAACAAGUGUUUACAUACGUUGACGAUCCUUGUAGCGCUACUUACCCGUUGAUGCAGAAGUUAAGACAAGUCAUUGUUGAUCACGCUUUAUCCAAUGGUGAGAUUGAGAAGAACGCAGUGACUUCGAUCUUUCAAAAGAUUGGGGCUUUUGAGGAGGAGCUUAAGAUGGUGCUUCCAAAGGAAGUGGAUGCGACUAGAGAGGCUUACGCUAAUGGAACGGCGGCGAUUCCCAACAGGAUUAAGGAAUGUCGAUCUUAUCCGCUGUAUAAGUUCGUGAGGGAAGAGCUCGGAACGAAGUUGUUGACCGGAGAAAAGGUCGUCUCUCCGGGAGAGGAGUUUGAUAAGGUAUUCACUGCUAUGUGUGAAGGUAAGAUUAUUGAUCCAUUGAUGGAUUGUCUCAAGGAAUGGAACGGAGCUCCCAUUCCCAUAUGUUAAGAGAGCCUUCCUCUGUUAUGCUCUGUUCUGUUUUGUCCAGCUUCAGUUUUGUUGCUUUUGCUUGUUUGAAAUUUUAGGGUAAUGUGAAUGGUGUCACUUUGUAUAAUAUAUAUGAAAAUUACGUGUAAUUCUCAUUUGAUGCA